AUGGCACAAAUUGCAGCCUUCAAUAGAUGGAAAACAAUCUUGAUGAACACACAUCUGAGCAGAGCGCUACGAUCAUCAGCACAAUUCUCACAUACGGCUGGAAAUCAAAAACAAGAAGCGCCGACCGAAGAGGUCAAUAAUAAACCUAUCAAAUACUUUGGAAGCCCUGCAUCUCGAUGGACGGCCGAACGAAGUCGCAGCGGGCCCAAAGCACAAAAUACUCCUUGGUUUCAACCGUACGUCGUGAACUUCAGUGUGGCUAUAUUUCUAGUGUAUUUCUGCAUCCUUCGAGAGGAAAACGAUAUUGACGAAGGCUUGGGACGAUCGCUAUUCGAGCAUGUUCCUGGGUUGGAGGAAAAACAGCUGAUCCUAAGCUACCAUUAUAACAAGGAAAAUGGAUUACCAACGCUUGAUAUUGAGCACAGAAUGAAAGAGCUGGGCAUGAAUUUUGAAACUAGUAAUUAAAGUUGUGCAAAAGAGCAGCAU